AUGACCGACAACGAGCGCAAGCCGAGGGCGGGUCAGCCGACGCAGCCGGACGCACUCGCCCUUCCGCACCAGCUUCCUCCGAUGCCACGAUCUCUCUGGACGCCAGCACUCGCAGCCUUUCGCAACUCCAACACGGCCAUGCCAUCGUCGGUCCGCGCCGAGUGGCCGCGCAUCGAGCUGUUCAGCGUGGACUUGCCGUCUUCGGUCUUGGCGCUGCUUGCGGCGACGCUUCCGCUGCAUCCACACGUUGAACUCCGGUGCUCGGGCCCGGACGUAGCGCAACUGGCUUCGCUCGUCGCCGUCUUCGGACCUGCUCUCCGCAGCGUCCGUCUUUCUUUUUGGCGCGGCGUGGUCGAUGGCCAAGGCCACGCAAUCGCCACUCUCCUCUUGCAGCACUGCCCGCGUCUGCGCUGCGUGUCUAUCUACAUCAAUUCCUAUUCGCAGAACGAGGUCGACGGUCUGCUCGCCAUCGUCACCCACCCGAACGUCAAGCAGUUGGCCGUAAACAUGCAGGGGACGACUACUAUUGCGCCGCGACUCGGGCAUCACUUGGCCGCAUGGCUCUCGACGGCGCCGGCGACGAAGCUCGACGUGGCCAACGUCACCCAGAUGGACCACGAUGCUGCCGUUGCGUUCUACGAUGCGCUGUAA